AUGGAGGAAAUAGAGGAUCUGUUCAUCCGCCGAGGGGGAGGUCAUCGUAAUGAAUCCCGACGUGAUGGACGAAAGGAUCCUAGGGAGACAAAAGGGCCUCUUCGAGACAGAUCUUCAGGUCAGGGGCUAGGAUAUGAGUCAAACAUUGUUGGAGUCAUCAACACUAUCGCCGGAGGUCCAACGGGAGGGGAUAGUCAGAACUCCCGGAAGAGGACCUACAGGCAAGCUAACCCGGAUCAAGCCGAGUCAAGCUCUCGCCUAUCCGAGGUGAUCUCCUACGGGCCCAGUGAUCCUGUCCCAACUGCCUCUAGUAGUCACGAGACCUUGGUGAUUGAAGUGCUUACCAACAAUUAUAUUGUGAAGAAGGUCUACAUUGACCCGGGAAAUUCGUUGGACGUCAUGUACCUCCGUACAUUUGAGAGCCUUAAGUUGGCCAGGGGAUGCAUGACCCCAGUAAGGACCACCCUGGUAGGGUUCGGGGGACACGUCGUGCAUCCCGAAGAGAUGGUGAUUCUGACAGUGACUGUGGGGCAUCACCCUCGUUGUCGAACCAUUCCAGUCAACUUUGUGGUGGUAAAGGCUGACUCCCCGUAUAACUUGCUUCUAGGUCGACCCACGCUUAAUGCUUUGCGAGCGGUAUACUCCACAUACCACCUAAACUUUAAGUUUCCUACCCCCGCAGGGGUAGCCGAGGUCAGCAGCGACGUCUGCACUGCCCGGGAGUGCUACCUCGCCACUUUACAAGCAGCUUCCACGUCGGCCUCCGAUACGAGGUCCGAAAGGAGGUCAAACAUACUUUCGAUAAAUUGCAUCGAUCCUCAGCAAUCUGAGAAGCCCUCGAGGCUGGAGACAGGAGAUGAGGUGGAGGAAAUCUCCCUGGACCCCAUGAGGCCGAACCAGACAGUCCGCAUCGGCAUUCAUCUGCCUGGAUCGAUCAAGAAAGGUAUGGCGAACCUCCUCAUAGAGUAUCAGGACGUCUUCGCUUGGGCCGCAGAUGAGGUCCAAGGAGUCCCGCAUCACCUCAUGGUGCACGAGCUGAACGUUGACCCCCAAGCACGCCCGGUCAAACAGAAAAGGAGGCAUCUCAGCCCUGAACGCAGCCGAGCUGUAGGAGAAGAAGUGGACAAGCUCCUACCUGCUAAGAUAAUCCGGGAGGUCCAAUAUCCGACCUGGUUAUCCAACCCGGUCAUGGUCAAGAAGGACACGGGGGCUUGGAGAAUGUGCGUCGACUUCACCGAUCUCAACAAAGUCUGCCCCAAGGACUGCUACCCAUUGCCCAAAGUCGACACCCUGGUGGAUUCGGCAAUGGGUUAUGAGGUCCUUUGUUUCCUUGAUGCGUUCAAGGGGUAUCAUCAGAUCGGAAUGAGUCAAGAAGAUCAAGAGAAGACGGCCUUCUACACCGACCGAGAUACAUACUGUUAUACUACCAUGCCCUUCGGGCUGAAGAAUGCCGGAGCCACAUAUCAGCGCCUGGUUAACCAAGCCUUUAGGUCCCAGAUCGGCAGAAAUGUCGAAGCCUAUGUGGACGACAUCUUCCUCAAAAGCCAGAUGACUUCUACUUUCCUGGCUGACCUGAACGAGGUCCUUGAUGUCCUUCGGAGAACCCGAAUGAUGUUAAAUCCCAAGAAGUGUAUUUUUGGGGUCACUUCGGGAAAAUUCUUGGGUUACCUCGUCUCCAGGCGAGGCAUAGAAGCGAAUCCGGAUAAGGUAAGAGCAAUCCAGGAAAUGUCUCCACUUCGGUGUAUCCGCGAUGUGCAAAGGCUUACAGGACGGUUGGCAGCCCUGAACCGGUUCUUGUCUCAAUCGGCCUCCAAGUCGUUGCCCUUUUUCAAGGUUCUGAAGAAAGCUGACAACUUUUCCUGGACUGAAGAAUGUCAACAGGCGUUUGAGCAGCUGAAGGAUUACUUUCACCACCUUCCAACGCUCACCUCACCUCGUCCAGGGGAUAGGUUGUUCCUGUACCUAUCGGCCGCAGUCGAAGCCUUCAGUGCCGUGCUGAUAAGGGAGGAAGGUGUACAAGUUCCAGUUUACUACGUCAGCCGGGUCCUCCGAGGUCGGGAGACCAGGUACAUACAAGCGAAGAAACUUGUGCUAGCCUUAAUUCAUGCGGCCCGCAGGCUUAAAUCCUACUUCCUAACCCACCACAUCUGUCUAAGAACUGACCAGCCCCUCAGACAAGUCUUAUCACGAUCGGAGGCGUCCGGACGCCUUACUAAAUGGGCCAUCGAGUUGGGAGAGUACGACCUGUCUUACGAACCUCGUACGGCAAUCAAACCUCAGGCUCUUGCGGACUUCCUAGCCGAGAUCACUUUUGAUGAGGUGAACGAGUCCACCCCAGCCACCGCUGAGCCUCAGCGGUGGAUUCUGCAUGUGGACGGCUCGUCUAACAGUGAGGGUAGUGGAGCAGGUUUGCUCCUCGAAAACCCCCAGGGAGAGGUGUGCUCAUAUGCCCUAAAAUUUGCCUUUGCUGCCUCAAACAAUGAGGCCGAAUAUGAAGCAGUCAUUGCCGACUUGCAACUGGCUCGUAAGAUCGGGACUGCCCACAUCUUGGUCUACAGUGACUCCCAACUCGUCGUAUGCCAGAUAGUGGGAGAGUACGAGGCCAGAGAAGAGAACAGAAGGGCUGAUGCCCUCUCCCGGCUUACGUCCACCUCGUUUUCUGAUUUGAACAAGACGGUUCUUGUGGAAGUCUUAGCCGAGCCGGGAUACCUAGGGGAGGUCGUGUACCCCAUCUACCCUGGGGACACCUGGAUGGGCCCUUUGAUUCGAUUUCUCAGCCAGGGGGAGCUUCCCGAAGACCGAACUGAGUCGAGAAAACUUCAACGUAAAGCAGCUCGGUGCGCUCUUCGACAAAAUCUCUUAUACAAGAGGUUGUACCUCGGCCCGUGGUUGCGGUGUAUCACGCCAGAAGAGGGAGAGAGGAUCCUCCAAGACAUACACGAGGGACUCUGUGGUGCUCACGUCGGCUACAGGAUGCUCGUUAAGAAAGCUUUGUUGCUCGGGUAUUUCUGGCCCACCAUGAGGGUAGAUGCCCAGGUGAUGGUCCUUAGUUGCCCUUCUUGCCAGCACCACGCUCCUGAGCACCACCAGCCGACCAAUCUUAUGAUCCCCAUCAUCUCGCCAUGGCCGUUCGAGCAAUGGGGAACUGACAUAAUCGGCCCAUUUCUCAGAGCUCCGGGCAAUUAUGCCUACGUGGUGGUAGCAGUGGACUACUUCACCAAGUGGGUUGAGGCAGAACCUCUAAGGACGUGGUGUGAAAACCUGGGGAUCAAACAGCAUUUCACUUCGGUUGGACAUCCCCAGGCUAAUGGACAGGCCGAGAAGUUCAACCGCACUCUCCUUCAUGGUCUUAAAACCAGGCUACAUCGGGUUGGGUCAUCCUGGAUGGAAGAACUUCCCAGCGUGCUGUGGUCUUACCGAACCACCCCGAGGUCAGCAACCCAAGAGACCCCGUUAUCUUUGACUUAUGGGUCCGAAGCCGUCGUCCCAACCGAAUUCAUUACUCCGAAUCCACGGAUGGCAGCAUACGCCACCGAAGUCAACGAGGAGGAACGGCGAGUUGACUUUGACCUCGCCGAAGAGAAGCCUGAUAUGGCCGCGGCCAAAGUUGCUCUUUAA